AUGGCAAAAUGCGUUUUGGUAUUGUGUUCCCUAGCCAUAACAUUUGCUGUGACCAUUGCUUUUGAGCCUAGUCCUUUGCAAGAUUUCUGUGUCGCAGACCCAACCAGCCAAGCACGAGUAAAUGGCCUGCCUUGCUUGGAUCCUAAUCAAGUAAGCGCUCAGCAUUUCAGCUUUAGUGGAAUUCACAUAACUGGCAACACAUCGAACUCUCUAGGCUCAAGGGUUACACCAGUUAAUGUGGUUCAAAUUCCAGGACUCAACACCCUCGGCAUCUCCUUGGCUCGCCUAGACUAUGCGCCGUGGGGCGUUGUUCCGCCCCACACUCAUCCUCGUGCCACCGAGGUUCUUACAGUCUUAGAAGGAAGCCUCUUGGUGGGGUUUGUGACCUCCAAUCCAAACAACCAGCUCAUCUCCAAGGUCCUCCAGAAGGGUGAUGUGUUUGUGUUCCCUGUUGGACUCGUACACUUCCAGAAAAAUGUGGGCUAUGGUAGCGCUGUUUGUAUUUCUGCUUUGAGCAGCCAAAAUCCUGGCGUUAUAACAAUUGCUAAUGCAGUUUUUGGAUCCAACCCAUCCAUUGAUGUUAGUGUUCUUUCCAAGGCUUUCCAGGUUGACCAAUCCAUCAUUAGUCGCCUUCAGGCACCAUUUUAG